CGAACCUAACGGGAAGAAGAUAUUGAGGAGAUGGCGCUUCUGUGGAACAGCCGAUAACCGAGUGGCUUGAUAUACCUCAUGCUUAGGAUCAAAUUUCAUGUAGACGGAUAGACGGAUAGACGGAAAAUAUCACUUAUUUCAUUCACAAAAUGGUAAUAUCUCUCACUACCCAUUGCCCAUUCAUCCUCAAGCAAUCUUAUCAGUUUCGGUAUUAUUUUUCAGGGGGUGUUUUACUCUGUCGAACGAAAAAUCAUGUGUUCAUUGAACGUUUUCAGCAUUUAUUUCAGAAACGGCAUAUCGAGCUAGUCCGGAGUUUUCCUAUAAAAGGCGCCCCAAUUUGGCUGAACGCUCAGUUAGUGCCCUACGUUAGGAAGUGAACAGAAGAAAUAAACCCUUAAGCAGUGAAGUGUUCUAGUGAAGUAUUCCAGUGAAGUGAAAAUGGUUCAGUGUUGCUGAAUGUGUGAUUAGAGCAAAGGAAAUGUGGCUUAAAUCGAGCACUCUCGCACUGUACGUGCUGUUUCGGGUGUUUUGUUGUGUCGUUGGAGGAUUUGAUGAUCAAGCCAAAAUACUCGCGACCAAUGGGCACAUUAUCAUUGAGUCGGCACAAGACAAAAACAUUACCUUCUACAUGAAGGGUAGCGGCCAUCUUAACAUCGGCGGACUUAGUGUGGAGGAAGUGUUACGGACGUUAUCGAAAAUGAUGAUCGAAGGUCGAUCGUCCACCGAUAAUCAAGCCUUCCUCCCCGGAGGUAGUGUAGCCGAACAGGUUCAACUGCUGGCCACAUAUGUUAGCGGUCCGUUCGGGUUAAUUAAGCGUGUUGAAUCUCUUGAGCAGGAAUCAUCAACACGCAACAGCACACAGAUGCAUCCACGCAUCGGGUCCUUGGCACGUCGCGUGAAGAACGUCGAGACAAAGUUGGCAGCACUGAUGACAACGCUUCAAACUAACAAGUGCACAAGUGGACCAUGCCAGAACGGUGGAACCUGUAUCGCUCAGUACGAUUCCUUCGUAUGUCUCUGUCCGAGCAAUUGGGAAGGACAAACCUGCACUACCGAUGUGAAUGAAUGCGCCCUGUUCGCCGGUACAGAUCUCGGGUGUCAGAAUGGGGCCACAUGUAAGAACGUUCACGGUGGAUACAACUGUAUGUGUAGCGAUGGGUGGCGAGGAAUACACUGUAAUACACGCUCCCAGGACUGUGCCACAGCCGGAGCAGAUCUCUGUGGACAUGGUACGUGCGUGCAGGCUAAGGACGGCUAUCGGUGCAUCUGUGAUCAAGGCUGGAAGACGAACGGGCUGACACCGGCCUGCUCACAGGACGUGGAUGAAUGUAGUGAAUCGAAACCCCACUGUUCAAAGGAUCCGGAAGUGAGCUGUAUCAAUCUUCCUGGGUCGUUCGUAUGUGGCCCAUGCCCAGCAGGUUACACCGGCAAUGGAUUCUACUGCGUCGACAUUGAUGAGUGUGAGACGAACAAUGGUGGUUGCAGUACCUCUCCAUCAGUGUCCUGCAUCAAUACAAGAGGAUCUUAUCGGUGCGGUAAUUGUCCCUCCGGAUAUACUGGAGACGGACGAACAUGUCUAGCGCAAGGUAACCGAUGUACGCAAGGACUUUGCCAUCCGAUGGCACGUUGCGUGGAUUAUGGAAGUGCUGUUCCGAACUGUAUCUGCCUACCGGGAUAUGUUGGAUCUGGGUUUGGACCGAACGGAUGCUAUCGUUCAUCGUUGAACCCGUGUGCCAGCGCGCCUUGCAGGAAUGGUGGAACAUGUGUAAAGAUCGAUGCACAGAACUACAGCUGCACUUGCCCGCCAGAUACAAAUCCGCCCAAUUGCAUGCGGACGACUUCACCCUGUGAAAUAAAUCCCUGUCAGAAUGGUGGUACAUGCUUCUCUACGGGUGGCAGUUUUGGAAGGAUUUCAUGCCGCUGUCCACCUGGUUAUACGGGACUUCGCUGUCAAACGCAAGUACGUGCUUGCGGAGGUAUUCGUUAUCAGCUGAAUGGUACACUACGCUAUCCGGAAUUCAACGGUACCUACAACCAUAACGCUCGCUGUGCUUGGUUGAUCAAAACUAACGACACCCAGGUGCUGGACGUAACAUUCACGCAGUUUAAUCUCGAGGUUCCGGUCGGCUCAGGCGAGUGCAAGUACGAUUGGCUACAGAUACACGAUGGACGUACAUCAGCUGCCCAGAUUAUUGGACGCUUCUGUGGAAACGAGCUGCCCCGUGGAGGUAAUUUCCAGUCCACCCACAACAUGCUCUACCUCUGGUUCCGUUCAGACAACUCCACUGCUCACGAUGGGUUCGAGCUGCAGUGGAAAAGCAUUAACCCAGUAUGCGGUGGUAGGAUAUUGGCCGUCAGCCAUGGCAUUAUAACAUCUCCCGGAACACCCGGUAACUAUCCGCCGAACCGAGACUGCAAGUGGUACCUGCAGGCACCGCAAGGUCGUCGCAUUCAAUUCACCUUCUUUACGAUGAAGAUCGAGGCGCACGAAAACUGUAACUACGACUAUGUGCAAAUCACCGACGGUAUGGAGGACGAAGGUAUGCUGCUGGCAAAGUACUGCAAUACAACACAUCCACCACCGUUGAUUACGCCCAGCAAUGAAGCGACCGUGUACUUCCACAGUGACGACAGUGGUAACGAUGCCGGUUUCCAAAUCAGUUACGCCGUAGUCGAAGGUGUGCCGGGAUGUGGUGGAACGUACACGCAGCGUGAAGGAGUGAUUAGCUCACCGCUAUCACAAACAGAUAACGUUUAUCCGAACAACCUGAACUGUGAGUACCUGAUCAAACUUCCCAUUGGAAGCCGGGUUGAGAUCAAGUUUAGCAAGUUCCAUCUGGAGCAAAGUGAGUCCUGCAAGUUCGAUUAUCUGGAGAUCUUUGAUGGCAGCAGCACUGAAGACGCAUCGCUUGGCAAGUUCUGUGGCGAUCGGAUGCCACCGGCUUUCACCUCGACCGAAAACUCACUCCUGCUCAAGUUCCAUACUGACUGGUCGGCACCGAAUCCCGGCUUUAGUCUUGUAUACAAAAUCAAAUGUGGCGGUACGUUUACCGACCCGGGAAAGGACCUCAUAUCACCCUCGUACCCUCAGAUGUAUUUAGCUAAUCAGUUGUGUGACUACGUCAUACAUGGACCACUUGGCAAAGCGAUCAUAUUCGACUUCCAGGACUUUGAUAUCGAGAAGAACAGCUUCCCAAAGUGUGAGCUCGAUUACGUCGAGCUGUACGAUGGGCUGCUACCGACCAACGAAACACUGCUCGGACGAUACUGUAGCACGAAAACGCCACCAACGACGAUCUCGACAAAAAAUGUACUCCUGCUGCGCUUCGUCUCAGACGGCUCGGUAGCUGGUCGGGGUUUCAAGGGUAACUUUUCGUUCUACGACGUCAGCUGCGGUGGCGUGUUGAUGCGCGAGGACAGCAUCAUCCGAUCGCCAAUGAUUGCGGAAUCUGGCAAGUAUCAGCAUGAUGCACAGUGCGAAUGGAUCAUCGUAGCACCACCGGGCCAUGCUAUACAGCUGACAUGGAAUAGCUUCGAGCUGGAGGUUAGUGGACGGUGCGUGUACGACUACGUGCAGGUGUUUGACAAUUCCUCGAUAGCAAACAGUCUUGUUGGACGAUACUGUGGAACGGAAAAACCUCCAGCAGUCACCAGCACAGGUAACAUGGUGACGAUACAGUUUGUGACGGAUUCUUCCUCCUCGAAGGAUGGCUUUAGUUUGGCCUUUAACUUUAUUGACGUGGAGAAAUCUUGUGGCGGAAACUACUUUGCAACGAGCGGUAUCAUUCGUUCACCAGGCUGGCCCAAGAACUAUCUCUCCAACAAGGUCUGUGAGUGGGUCAUCACGGUGCCGAUGGGGCAGCAAAUCAUGCUGUUGGUACACUCGUUUAAGAUGGAGAAGCAUAAGUCGUGCCGUUUCGAUGGGCUCACCAUUCGAAACGGUGGCACACAGCAUUCACCCCUCAUCGGAAACUACUGCGGGGAGGACGAUUUUAAUGGGACAUUUUCAUUUAGCCACCAGCUGUAUUUGCGCUUCUACUCGGAUAGUUCUCGCAACUAUCCGGGUUUCAUGAUCGAGUGGGAUUCAGCUACGACCGGAUGCGGUGGUGUACUUACCUCUCCACGCGGUUCCAUCAUCUCACCAAACUAUCCACUGCCCUAUGGACAGAAUGCACUCUGCAUGUGGCGGAUUUCGACGAGCGAAGGUUCGGCCAUACACAUUGUGUUUACCGAUAUGGAUAUGGAGAACCACAAGGACUGCCAGUACGAUUAUCUGGACAUUUACGAUGGUUCCGAUAUGGGCGGUCGUAAAAUGGGUCGUUUCUGCAAUGCCGAAACGGAUCCGAUCGUGUUGGACACUGAAUCGAACCACGCAUUCAUACGCAUGCGCACGGACGAAACUAAUCAGCGCCGGGGAUUCCAGCUGAAGUACAACAUUCUCUGCCGCCGAAAUAUUACCGGCUUUGGUGGAAUUAUCGAAUCACCGAAUUUCCCGAACGAGUAUGCCGCAUCAAUGGACUGCCGGUGGACGAUCAAGGUGCCACCAGGUAACAAGAUCAAUUUGGAAUUUUCACACUUUGACUUCGAAUCGAUCACACAGCAAAAUGUGGAUAAUGCAACCCAUCAGCGCUGCCCGUUCGAUUAUAUCGAAGUACAGGAAUUGGGGGCAGAUGAUUUGCCUUUAGCACGCCGGUACUGUGCCAAUAAACCACCACCGAUUAUUAGUAAGGGCCGGUCGAUCGAUUUGAUCUUCCACACUGAUGCGAGUGGUGAGCAGAUGGGAUUCCGGGCAGAAUGGUCUAUCAAUGGGUGUGGCGGGUUGUUGACAAAACCGAACGGGGUUUUCAGCUCACCAAACUAUCCCAACCACUACCCGAAAAACACGGAAUGCUACUGGACAAUAAGGGUUGAUCCGGGCAAACGGAUCGAUUUAACUGUGGGAGAGUUUCACAUGGAAACUAACUACCAGUGUCGUUACGAUGGUUUGUUCAUUGCCAACGAUGCUAACUUUACGCAACAAGUGGCUAUGUUAUGUCACGAGCAGCAAGAACCAGUACAUCUUACUAGCAGCGGUAAUGAACUGUUCGUUAAGUUCUACAGUGACCAUACCUAUUCCUACAAGGGCUUUCAGGCAAUGUACAGGACGAUUGAUUCCCAAUGUGGCGGUAAGAUAACGCUUCAUCAAGGAUUCAUCAGUUCCCCCAACUAUCCGUCCAACUAUCCUGCGAACAUUUCCUGCUCAUGGUUGAUCGAGACGGAUGCUUCACACACGCUGCAGUUUAACAUAAAAUCUUUAGCAAUCGAGCGAUCGUCUAACUGUACGAAUGACGCGCUACAGGUAUACGAUGGUAAUACAGCCGAUGUAGAUCGCUUGCUGCUAACGGCUUGUGGAAGCGAGUCGAACGUAACUACCGUCACAACUUCCGGUCGCGAAAUGCUGGUAAAAUUCCAAUCAAACAACAUUAUCGAAGCAAAAGGAUUCCAGGCCGAAUUUAUAACGAACUGUGGAUCACGUAUUGAAGUUAAACAACCCGGUAACAUUCUGCUGAAUAAAGCCCACAAGAUGUCUUCCGACAACUGUACCUGGGUGUUGAUGGCACCGGAACCUACACAGCGCAUCACCUUAACCAUUGCCCACCUGAGCGUGAUGGACGUUGAGGGUGACUGCUUUGCUAGUGUGAUGGUAUAUGAUGGCGACAAUACAGAUGGACCGAUACGUUUUGAAGGUUGUGGACACAAAAUCCCACCGGCAAUUGUCAGCCGCGGUAAUGCACUUACGAUAUUGAUUACCUCGGAAGACGUUAUACUUAACAAGAUCGAUAAUCUGUAUGUGGAGUUAACGUACACUACUUUGGACAAUGCCUGUGGUGGAAGCUUGACGGCAUUAAUGGGCGAGUUUAGUUCUCCGAACUACCCCGAUUCGUACCCUCUGAACGUUGAGUGCAUCUGGAAGUUAUCCGCAUCACCAGGCAACAAGAUGACAUUGUCCUUUAAGGAGCUAGACAUCGACCCAACGGACGACUGCAACGGAGACUAUCUGGAGAUUCGGGAGCGAGAUGAAAAUGGUCCCUUGUUGGGUGAUUUCUGCGGAAACCAAAUUCCCACCAAUCUUACCGAGGCGAGCAGCUUUUGGGUCAAGUUCCGUUCGAACGAGAUUGGCGUAUCGAAGGGAUUCUUGGCGGAGUAUUCUUACGACAUGCUUAGCGAAAUCACUGGAACGAGUGGCACGAUUACAUCACCAAUGUACCCUCGAAGUUAUGCUAGAUCCGAUAAUGUAGGCUGGCGCAUUAGCGUCGACAUAGGCGCUGUGAUAGCGAUCAGCUUCAAUCGAUUUGCCAUUGAUCGUCAAAUGGACGAUCCAGAUAUGUGCGAUGGCUCGCUGGUGAUAUACGACGGAUACGAUGAUACAGCCACUCCUUUGCUGAGUGGCUGCGGAUUCAUUAAACCGGACGCACUAACCUCUACCUCCAACGUCGUGUAUAUUGUGCUCGAUCAUUCGGACUUAUUGGAAUCGUCUCUGUUUUCGCUCAACUGGCAGAAGAAGUACGUCACCGACACACCCACCUAUACGGUAGACAAUGAGAACUUCUGUAAUGGUCAUGCAACGAUCGUGCUGAACAGUACCGAUACCACGUUCAAUCUAACCUCGCCGGGCUAUCCGAACGGAUACACCAACGGUCUGAACUGUAGUUGGAUCUUCCAGUCGGCAUUACCUGCUUACCAUCCGUUUUUGAGCUUCAGUUUUAUAGAUUUGGAAGAAACGAGCGAUUGUCUGGCAGAUUAUGUCGAGGUGUUUAGCUCUACCGAUCUAGUCACGUGGAAAACGUUCGGACGUGUCUGUACCUAUGCGGUCAGAGGAACUUACAAAUUUCACGGUACGCCCCAUCUAAAGGUAGAGUUCCGGACGGAUUAUUACCAGAAUCGUACCGGCUUUACUGCUACAACUUUUCUGCGAUGCGGUGGCUUGCUUACCGAUCCGAACGGUGUUAUAACACAACCGGAUUCGUUGCCUACGGUCGAGCCUGGUAUGCCGUUCAGUCGGGUCGAAUCGUUCGAGUCGUGCAACUGGAACAUUAGUGUCCGGGCAGGGCGGACAAUUGAAUUUACAUUCGAAAAGCUUAACAUUAGCGCACAGCCAACUUCUCCGCUUGGUCGCAACGGGUUUGUCGUUAUCAAGAACGGCAUUGACGAGCAUUCACCUCUGCUCGGACGGUACAGUGGUACCGAGAUACCGGACAUCAUCAAAACCAGCAGUAAUCGUGCAUUCGUUCAGUACCGACCGAGCAUCAGUUUAACAAAUCUGUUCCGACUGGUGUACCGUGAGGUAGGCAUCGAAUGUGGAGGUAACGUUGUGCUAAGCGCACAGUUCAACACUACAGAUAUCGCAACACCGAACUAUCCGGAAGUACCGCAGCCUCACAGCGAAUGUUUCUGGACGGUGUUGGCACCGGCUGGUGAACUGCUUUGGGUAGAAAUUUCCGGACAGGUUCUACUUCCCCGAAUACCGAUGUGCAAAAUGGAGUACUUUCAGCUACGCGAAGGACUUACGUCGAAUGCGCGGGAAUUGUUGCACUCCUGCUCGAGCGAUUUGACCAAGCGCAUUAUGACCAGCACAAAUGCACUCUCGGUGAAGUACUUUAACGAUCGCACCGACCCAACCGGUGGCGUUAAGCUGCGCGUUACGUUGGCUAAAUGUGGAGGUGUAGCUCGGGGUACGCAGGGUUCCAUCACGUCGAAGAAUUAUCCCACGUUCGGAGGAUACCCAUCGCCGGCAGUAUGUGAGUACUAUAUCCAGCAGAAUUUGCACGGUACAAUGACUCUUACGUUCGAGGACAUACACCUCCCGACAAAAGCAAACUGCAGUGGUGGAGAUCAUGUACGCAUCCUCUCAAUACUACCAGGAUCCAAUAACACAGAAAUCGAGCUGGGCAAGUUCUGCGGUACACAAAUACCAGCGCAACCAAUUGUGAGUAUCGUACCGCACGUGAAGGUUGUCUUUACGGCCAGCAGUAUGAAUUCAUUUUAUAGGGGAUUCAAGUUGAACUAUGCCUUGAACUACAGUCGCUGCAGUUACUCGAUCGUGGGUGAUGCUGGUGAAAUCAGCAGCCCUGGUUACGGCGAAGAAGUACAGGCAUUAUCAUUCUGCGAGUGGCGUAUCACAGUACCGAAGGGACGACGUAUUAAGAUAGAUUUUCUAGAUCUCGACAUACAGGAGCACUUGUCUUACCCAUAUAUUCAAAGGCUGGCCUUUUUCGAUGGAUUCAACUAUCAAGCACGCACCAAAUCGGUCAUACCGGGCGAUAAGUCACCGAUAUAUUCCAGCGAUAAUCGUUUGUUGAUACAGUAUCUCUCGCGAGUGGCAAACGGCAGACGUGGAUUCCGCUUGCGCUAUUCCAGUGACGAACCGACACUAUGUGACGGAAAUCUCAAUGGAUGGCAAGGUAGUAUAACGAGCCCAGUCAAUGUCAGCACGAUCGUAUGCUCAUACAUGCGUACAGAGCCUAGCCUUUCGCGGGAUCCAAGCUCCCAACCGAACAUUGGUACACUUGCAAUGAAUUUCCGCGAGGUUUAUGUCGGUGCUUUAGUACGCUCAUGCGUGGAUAUAUUGCGAGGAGCUGUUGGUACGGGGGGAUCAAACCCUCUGAAAAAGCUAUGCACAAACGCGACAAACGAGAUGGUUCUGUCGCCAUUCCACAACACCAUUAUCACGUUGAUUCAAACGCCAUAUUAUUCGUUGCUUGGGUUUAAGAUGGAUUACCGGGUGCACCAGUGUGGAGGUGUAUUUGGAACUAUCAGCAACAUAAGCCGCCCACUAGGGCUGGAUCUGCUCGAUCGUGAUGGGUUACACUGUGCGUGGUAUGUGUCCUACCCGGACCAGACACUGAUCAACGUCGCAAUCGAACGGUUCCAAAUGCAAUUGCCCUGCGAGCAAGAGUAUCUCCUUCUUUAUAAUGGUCCUAGUGCGAUGAGCCCUCUACUGGGACGGUUUUGUAAGGACUCACCCCCACCAGGAGAACCUAUUGCCACCCAUAAGCAUCUACUGUACGUCGAAUAUCAUACCGCUCGGCCAAAUGCGUCUGGGAAUGUUGGGGACUUUAACUUACAGCUAAGUAGCAAGAACUUUGGCUGUGGUGGUACACUGCACGAGACUUCGUCAACAUUUGGAUCACCGCUCAAGAACGGGAAGUACCAACCGAAUCAGGAGUGCAUGUGGAUUUUGCAAGCGAAUGCGGGCCAACAUAUCGGUGUGCGAUUCAUCAAUCGAUUCAACCUAGAGAAGAGCACCAACUGCACGAAGGAUUAUGUGGAACUGUUCGACCAGGGGCGCAAUCGGGAAUGGGUUAGUUUGGGCCGCGUCUGUGGUAAGGAUGUUCCACCAAACUUUAACUCGUCCGGUACUACGAUGAAGGUUGUCUUCCGAACGGAUGACACCAAUGAAGCGGACGGAUUCACCAUCAAAUGGGAGUCAAAUUGUGGUGGAAUAUUCUACGCGGAACAGGAAACGAAAGUCAUCGUUAGUCCGAACUAUCCGGCCAAGUAUAACAAUUUGCAGGUGUGCAACUACACUAUCCUCGCAAACUCUUCCGAUGCUGGCAUAGUAUUUAAUUUCUUAGACUUCGAUCUCGAGGAUACGAUCGUAACGUCUGUGUGUGCGUACGAUAAUCUUACCGUGUACCGGAAGCUCGAGUAUGCCGAACCCAUUACCUGGGAUAAGGUUGGCACGUACUGUCGUAAAACAUCACCAGCACGGUUCCGCGUGAAGGAUCGUGCUGCGAUCGUAUUCCGUACCGAUCGAUUCAUACAAGCACGUGGCUUCCGGUUUGAGUACACGCUGGAUUCGUGCGGUGCCAACAUCACUAGCUCGAUGCGCAUUCAUAGUCCCGAGCAGCUUCCACACGAUGGUACGUACCGGCCUGCCCUGACCUGCCGUUGGUACAUCGAUAUUCCAGAGGGGCAGAAAGUCACGAUACGGUUCGAAACGCUCGAAAUUGAGCACACGGAAUCGUGCUAUUUCGACACGGUAGAGGUCUACCGAGGACUGGAAGCAAAUCAUGACCAUCGGUUGGCGUUGUUGUGUGGCAACCUAACCGAGCACGCACCUGCCAUCUCAAUCAGUGGCAGCCGACACGGUAUGAUAUCUUUCAAGACGGAAUCAUUCUCAUCAACCCGUGGCAAAAUGUCCGCCCUGGUACUGUACACACCGGACUGUGACAAACAUAUCACACUCGGCGAGCUUUCGAGAAGCUAUCGACUAAAUGUUAUCGGCAGUGGAAACAACCACGUACAGGACUGCCAGUACGUUUUUCAAGCACCAGACGGAUACAAGUUACAGGUAGUGUUUGAUCAAUUCCACGUUGGAUCUUCACGCAACGCAUCGGUAGCAAACUGUACGGAUGAUUACGUAGAGUUGCGAGACGGUGGUAGUGUGUUUUCGCUGCUAAUGGGACGCUUCUGCGGUAAUGAUCCGGUAAGCCCACAAACAAGCUUUGGCUCGACGCUACACUUCCGAUAUGUGACGGAUUCUGCACUGCGAGGCACAUUGUUCGAUGCGAGAAUCAAUAUAAUUCCAUCUCUAUGUGGACAAAUGCAUCAUAAUCUUACGGGCGGUGCAAUAGUCACGCUAAAUACACCCAACUUCGGAGAGGGCAACAAAUAUCCACCAAGCACCAAGUGUCUGUGGCUGCUGGAAGCUUCGGCUGGAAAGCAAGUUGAGAUACAGUUCCUACAGAUGGACCUUCAACAGUACGAUGAGACCAACCGCGAGUGUAAGGACUACAUUGGCAUCCGGGAUGCUUCGCUCAAAUCUGUCAUAUAUGAAGGUCUUGGCAAUUCCCUCAUCUUUAACGGUGGUUCCGCUAGCAAGGCCUCUUUCUAUCAUGGUUCUCGUUACGCCAACGCUUACCAUAUCUACUGCGGCAAUAAUUACCUGCCCAGCACCUACUUAUCAAUCGUCAACCGGGUGUAUGUUAGCUUCGAAAGUGACGCUUUGAUCGAGGGCAAAGGUGUUUCGUUGCGUGUACAUGAGAGUCACUUGUGUGCCAAAAACUACACCGCUCUGCAAGGACGAAUCGUACAGAGCGAAAUGCUCAAAGAUCAACGGUGUACGAUCACGGUGGAAGUACCAAAGAACUACACGAUCGCUGUCUACUUCAACACGUUCUACCUGUACAACGUGGAUUGUGCCCUUCAUGCACUGAAAGUAUAUGGCGGACCGGAAGAAACUACCGAACAGCUGCUGGGCGAGUACUGUAACUUCGCCACGCCGAAUCCGAUCUUUACGACCGGAAACUUCUUGCGGAUCGUAAUGCCUGCGACUGAUCGAGAGUUUAUAUCGCUACAGCUAGAUGCCACGUACGUUGCCACCGACCAGGGCCAGGGUUGUGGUGGUGAACUGUACAACUACGGCGGUGUGUUUAGCAGUCCGCUCUAUCCGGCAAACAAUCGGACGCGCAUGGAGUGCCUGUGGACGGUAACCGUGCCUAACAAUUUGGUCGUAGCGCUGCAAUUUAGUGUGUUCGAUCUUGGAAGCAAAUCAUCCUGCGCCACCGAUUACCUGCAGAUACUCGACCGGGACGAAGAAUCGAAUGCAGAUGAGGCACGCGCAGAGAAGGAAAAGGUCGUACGACAGCAUUGCGGUGGAGACAAACCGGCAAACUACAUUGGCAACGGCAGUACCGUUCGGGUGCGUUACAAGAAAACGCAAAACUUCUCCGGUGUCGGUUGGAUGAUAAAGUUCAUGGGCAUCGAGAAGGGUGCAGGAGUGAACGAAUAUUAAUGAAUAUUAUGGAUUAUAAGCUUUCUUUCUAUAUUCCUUUAUAAUUUAUCUCACUUUAAAAAGGGUUUUAAUAUUACGUAAGGCAUAUAUUAUAGGACCAGAAGUAUAUCAACCUAAACAAGCACAAAAGGUGUUGAACAACACCUUCUCUAAUAUAUGGAGUAUCUUGGCAGCUGUUCACAAACGACUUUAAGUUUCAGAAUUGGAAUAAUCAAUACUACAUAUACAUAGCUCUGGCAGCAGUAAAAAAUUUGUAUUUGAUUUAAUAAACACUGUUUCAGCACACCUUAUCUGAGCGAGGGAUAAAUAAAAUCAGUGGAAAUUUAAUCACAAUAAACGAAUUAUCUCUUGACAUUGAUAAUUUUUUUCAGCUUUUCCACAAGGACAAAAGGCUUCGUAAAAAUACGUAAAAAUGUAACAAAACAUAUAAUAAAUAAUUUGUGUUAUUCCAUAAACAUACAAUAAAGAUAAUUUUAUACAACUUACCUGCAAA